GGUUAAUUUUUAAUUUAGUUUGGGGAAGUAGGGUUUUUUUAAUAAACAUACUGAUUUUUUUUUCUUGCUUUCCCAUAUUAGAGGUGAUAGAUAGCCAAAGGGGUUCUGGUAAGAGGAAGGGGAACCAAUAGAACUGGUAGAGGCUCGGGCCUGACCCCCAGGAAGUGACUGUAGGACACCAAGCCCUUCCCUCUAAUCACUUCCGUGUCACUUGGCACAGACGCCGGGAGUUUACCCUGCUGGCCACCUGGCCCCUCUCUUCCUAUGGCCCAAAGGCCGGGCUGCACUCAGUACUGAGGAAGUUGAAGAUGCCACCUUCCCUGUGUGAUGUCUGUCAACCUUUUUUUUGUUCAAACUAGUAUUUGCAGAUUGGAGGAGAAAGAAUGAGGAGGGGAUUCUUGCCAAACAUGUUAAAUGUGGGUUGGGUGCUUAUAUGUAUCUCCUUCAGUUUCCCCAGAAAUGAGGCAUUUUUAAAUAUUUUCUCCAAAAUCAAGGUGGGUAGAGGAGGGAGAUUGCAAAAAGCCACAUACAGGGGAAAAGUAAAAACACUGUCCCAUCCUCAGCCCUGAACCCUGUCUGAUCCCCCUCAAACACCCUCAGGAUUUUAUCGGACUGUCAGAGUGGGAUUCCCUCCCCUCAAAGAUCCGGGCAGGAUUGGGGGACAGGUUGGGAAGGUGAUGGGUGGGGGGUGGGAGGCACGGGCCAGGGGCAGUUCUCUCCUCUCUUGUAAACUUGUAGUUUCUCAGAAAAAAAGAAACAAUGCAGUUUUAAAUAAAGAAAUUUCUUUUUUCCCUGGGUUUAGUUGAGAAUUUUUUUUCAAAAAACACGAGAAACCCUAGAAAAAUGUUUUUCUCUUCACAAAUUCCCAGCAGGUUUCUCCCGUCCCCCAGCCUUGUCCUGACCACACAGGCCCCACGUUCACCCUGGAGACAGCCUGGCCUGAAGCCUGUAGCCUAGCAAGCUCCGCCCAGUCAAGAUGGGGCUUCAGGCAGCCUUCCUGGUGGGACUGACUGGCCGUGGAGGGAACGAGGCCCUAGGAGGUGCCCUCUCCACCCCCAGGAAGUGGCUGUGCCCAGAGACUGGCAGUGCCCAGGGUGGGAUGAGAAUUUGUAGCACCUGAAGGGCUCUUGUGGAAGAGGCACGAAUUCCUAGCAUUCCCUGUGAUGGGACAAGACGGAGGUGGGGGCAAGGGAGAGGGCACAAGCCCCACCUAGGGCGGUGGUCACAGCAAGGGAAGGGGCAGACAACCAGGAGCCUGGGAGGUGAGCGGGAUGGCAGCACGGGCAGCGGCAGGAGCCUGGGUGCUGGUCCUCAGUCUGUGGGCAGCAGUAGUGGGCAGCCAGAACAUCACAGCCCGGAUCGGGGAGCCACUUGUGCUGAACUGUAAGGGGGCCCGUAGGAAGCCACCCCAACAGCUGGAAUGGAAACUGAACACAGGCCGCACGGAAGCGUGGAAGGUCCUCUCUCCCCAGGGAGGGCCCUGGGACAGCGUGGCUCACGUCCUCCCCAACGGCUCCCUCUUCCUUCCGGCUGUUGGGAUCCAGGAUGAGGGGACUUUCCGGUGCCGGGCAACAAACAGGCAUGGAAAGGAGAUCAAGUCCAACUACCGGGUCCGAGUGUACCAGACUCCUGGGAAGCCAGAAAUUGUAGAUCCCGCCUCGGAACUCACAGCCGGCGUCCCCAAUAAGGUGGGGACGUGUGUGUCCGAGGGAGGCUACCCUGCAGGGACUCUCAGCUGGCACCUGGAUGGGAAGCCCCUGAUGCCCGAUGGAAAAGGAGUGGCUGUGAAGGAACAGACCAGGAGACACCCGGAGACCGGGCUCUUCUCUCUCCAGUCGGAGCUGACGGUGACCCUGGCCCGGGGCGGGGCCGCCCGCCCCACCUUCUCCUGCAGCUUCGAACCAGGCCUUCCCAAGCGCAAGGCCCUCCACGCCGCUCCCAUCCAGCCCAGUGUCUGGGAGCCUGUGCCCCUGGAGAAUGUGCGGCUGGUGGUAGAGCCAGAAGGCGGAACAGUAGCACCUGGAGGGUCAGUGACACUGACCUGUGAGGCCCCUGCCCAACCCCCUCCAGAAAUCCACUGGGUGAAGGAUGGAGUGGCCCUGUCCCUGCCUGCCAGCCCUGUGCUGCUCCUCCCUAAGGUACGGCCCCAAGACCAGGGCACCUACAGCUGUGUGGCCACGUAUCCCAGCCGCGAGCUCCAGGAAAGCCCUGCCGUGAGCAUCAGCAUUGGAGAAACAGACGAGGAGGGGCAAACCACAGGCUCUGUGGGGGGCUCAGGGCUGGGAACUCUAGCCCUGGCCCUGGGGACCCUGGUAGGCCUGGGCAUAGCUGCCCUGCUCAUUGGGAUCAUUGUGUGGCGGAGGAGGCAACGCCAAGGAAAGCAGAGGAAGGCACCGGAGAGCCAGGAGGAGGAGGAGGAGCGCGCGGAGCUCAACCAGGCAGAGGAGCCCGAGACAGCCGAGAGCGGCACGGGAGGGCCAUGAGGUCCCCGGGCAGACCGGGCCAUCAGCUCCCUCACCUUCUCGCUGGACCGCACCGGCCCCAGGCCAGCCCUCCCAUCAGC